AUGAGUUCCACUAACAUCCCUCCUAAAUCAGUUCCGGGCUAUUCUAGUACUAAUCCUUUCACUUUUACUAGAUCCCCCUCACUACCGGCAUCGACCUCCGGUGAGAAAUUUACGGCACAUUGGCCUCAAGGACCUAUACGAGCAUGGGAUACUACUGCAAACAAUUGGAAACGAGGCUGGGAACAGGUGAAUUCGGAUGUGAUAAUUUUAAAACAAAUAAAGAAUUCCGAUAAUAUGACAUCAGAUUUUUAUGAGUUAAGCGCAUACCACCAAUUUAGCAAUUUGGUUACUCAUGUCGUGCGCUGUUAUGGUAUCUCACGUUGUCCAUUCACUCGUGAACUGAUUGUUGUUACAUCUUAUGCUCGUGAUGGGGAUCUUCGACAAUAUAACUCCAGAAAUUUUGAUACUUUUACUUGGGAACAAAGGAUUAUCACACUUAAAGAUAUUGCAGUUGGGUUGGUGACCAUUCAUAAAGCUGGGCUCCUGCACAAAGAUUUGCACACUGGUAAUAUUUUACGAGACGGUAGUUGGACCAUGAUAAGCGAUCUUGGUCUAUGCUGGAACAAUACUUCUGCUGACAAAAAUGAAGUGCAAAUUCAUGGUGUACUUCCCUAUGUAGCACCGGAAGUUUUGCGUAAAAAAGCAUACACUCGAGCGGCUGAUGUUUAUAGCAUCGGAAUGAUCAUGUUUGAACUAUGGUCAGGUAGACGACCAUUUGAAGGAAGAGAAUAUGAUGCGUUCCUAGCAAUAGAGAUUUGUUCAGGAAUCCGUCCUAAGAUUACUUCGAAUAUACCUGACUAUUACUCUAAGGUCAUGCAAUCCUGUUGGGAUAAUGAUCCUGAUAUGCGGCCUACUUCACGUGAUUUAGAGAUAACAUUUAACUCGUGGAUUGAUAAAAUCACGAAGAGAGAAUUAGUUUGUCCUAAGAUGCCUAAGAGAGAAAGCAACGUUUCUACUCCUAUAUCUAGUUCCGUAUUAAGUGAAAAUAUCACAAGCCAAUCGCUUCCUUCCAUAUCUGUCGAACAACAUAAAAUUUUGGAAGAGAUUGAUAAACGUCGUGAGGCUCUCUAUCAAAAUUAUCUUAAUCAACAACUAAUUGAACGUGCUGAACGAGAAUCCAGAAAUAAAGGGCCAUUGAAUCCGAUGACUUGGACAACUGAACUCAAAACACUUGCUGAUAAAAUAUUUGGUAAUCAAGCGUCUAAAGAUAUUGAAAUUAGACCUAUCGGGGCAACAGAUACCACAUCACCUGAAGAGAACGCAGAUGAUGAUAAUAAUGAAAUACAAAUAGGGAUUUGGAUCGACGGAUUAGAUUUGUAUAAUCCGAUCCCGUAUUUUACAAAUAAGGAGAAUGGAUUAAUGAUUUUACCUGAAUUGGAUAAAAUCAAAUAG